UCCUUUGUUGCACUAUAUUCUUGUCCUUCCAAGCUCCUGCAUUGGCCACCAUUGCAACAAGAAACGCUAAUGACCUGCAAACUCUCAUCUCCAUCAAGGCUCAUUUGUAUCCACCUGAAUCCUUGUCCUUAUGGGGUAGUCAAAACCAAACCAUGCACUAUUGCAAAUGGAUAGGCGUGAAGUGUGGCGGCCCUCAAUACCUUAGGAGAGUCACGGCCCUGGAUCUCGACUCCCUCAACUUAACUGGUCAAAUAUCGCCAGAUAUAGGGAACCUUACCUUCCUCCAGAGGCUCAACCUUUCUGGUAACCAACUGCGGGGAUAUAUCCCACAAGAGCUUGGCCGCUUGUCCAACAUCCAGUUUCUCGUUCUGACGGACAAUACUCUUGAAGGCACUAUUCCCACAAGCCUAGCCAAUUGCUCCAAUCUUGUGCUCUUAAGCCUAGGUGGUAACAAGCUAGUAGGGGAGAUCCCAGCGGAGCUUGGGAACCUCCCUAAGCUUUCUGUUCUCCUCCUUGGUACAAACAACCUCAUGGGGAUCAUCCCUCCUUCCCUGGGGAAUCUCUCAUCUUUGUUAGGCAUCGACCUGUUGGAGAACAACCUAAGGGGACAAAUCCCUUCGAGUCUUGGACGACUUGUCCGCUUAAAACAUUUCACUGUAACCACCAAUAGAUUGACAGGAGAGAUUCCAUCCUCUUUUCUUAACUUAUCUUCCCUUUGUAAAUUCUAUGUUGGAGAAAACCAGCUCUCGGGGGUGCUCCUAUCUAGUAUGGGCGACAUGCUCCCUAGGCUUCAAGUUCUGCAAGCAUUCUCUAACCAGUUUGAAGGUCCCAUUCCAAUUUCGCUGCCAAAUGCUUCCAGGCUCGAAGAAAUUGUUUUGUGUGACAACAAACUUAGUGGCCCAGUGCCUAGGAAUAUUGGUAUGCUACGAAAUCUUGCUUCAGUGAGCCUCUGCGAUAAUCUAAUAGAAGCGAAGCAAGGUGAGGACUGGGAAUUUCUGACAUCCUUAGCCAACUGCAGUAAUCUGAAAAUAUUUGAUCUAUCCAACAACAUGUUGGAAGGCAUGCUACCAAGCUCAGUAGCCAAGCUAUCCACUCAACUGCAAUGGCUAGGCCUGGGAGGGAAUCGGAUAAAUGGAAAUAUUCCUACAGAGAUUGGUCGAUAUAUCAACUUAAACAGGCUUCACAUGGAUCGGAUGCUUCUCACAGGUGCCAUUCCUGCAACCAUCGGGAGGCUUCAGAAACUACAGAUCUUGCAAUUGAACGAGAACGAAUUCACAGGAGCUCUUCCAUCCUCUUUCGGUGACCUAACGCAGUUGCUUGAACUCCAUUUAGAUCAGAACAGUCUGCAAGGAGGAAUACCCUCAAAUUUUGGGAAGCUACAGAAGUUGGUACUCUUGGAUCUCUCCCACAACAAGCUUUAUGGCUCCUUUCCCAAGGGAAUUACAGACCUUGCUUCCCUUACAAUUUACCUUAACUUGUCGCAUAACUCAUUGUUUGGGCCCCUGCCAUCAGAAGUUGGCAGGCUGAAGAAUCUUGGAACAUUGGAUGUUUCAGAAAACAAAUUGUCCGGAGAGAUUCCUGACACUCUCUCAGAAUGUCAGGUCCUGCAGUACGUCUAUAUGCAAGGCAACCUUUUCCAGGGGGCCAUUCCAACUUCUUUGAGCUCUUUGAACAGUAUCACAGUACUAGAUCUCUCUCGCAAUAACUUGUCCGGGACAAUUCCAGCAUCUUUUGAGGGCUUUCGACAUUUGCAGCUUCUGAAUCUCUCCUUCAAUGAUCUCGAUGGCCGCGUACCAAAUGCAGGGAUCUUUCUGAAUGCAAGCUUGGUGUCGGUCAUUGGAAACCAGAACCUAUGUGGAGAAAACCAUGCGUUGGACUUGCAAACAUGUCCCGAGUUCAGGAGACCACACAAGUCUCAUGCACUAACAGUAGUCAUCACAACUGGAAUUGUGGUACCUCUAGUUGUUGUGUUCUUGUGUGCUAUGAGACUUCGGAAGCCAAGGAGUAAGAUAUCUUUGCCUCUGCAUCCCUUAGAGGGCAAGUAUCCAAAGACCUCUUUCGCUGAGUUAGCAAGAGCAACUGAUGGGUUCUCUAGGGCUAAUCUAAUUGGUGAGGGAAGUUUUGGCUGUGUGUACAAGGGAGUGGUGAAUUUUGAGCCAAAGGAGGUAGCUAUUAAGGUACUCCAUCAUCAUCAACAAGAGGCUUUAAAGAUCUUCCAAGCUGAAUGCAAAAUCCUGACAAGCAUUCGGCAUCGAAACCUCCUUAAGAUCUCGACAGCCUGCUCUAGCUUCGAUCGCAAUGGUAAUGUUUUCUUGGCUCUUGUUACUGAGUUCAUGCCGAAUGGGAGUUUAGACAGAUGGCUGCACCCGAGAGUGGAUGGGGAGGAGGUGUUGCAAAAGUUGAACCUUCUUCAAAGAAUGAACAUAGCAAUGGAUGUGGCUUCGGCUUUGGACUAUCUACAUCACUACAGCGGCGCACCAAUUGUUCAUUGCGAUUUGAAGCCAAGCAAUAUUCUUCUCGACAAGGAUAUGGUUGCUCGUGUGUGCGACUUUGGACUCGCAAAAUUUCUGAUCACAUCUUGUGGGGAUUCUUCUCUAGUGACAAGCCACACUAUUGGAAUAAAAGGAUCCAUCGGAUAUGUUGCUCCAGAGUAUGGCAUGGGCAGCAAAGUCUCUACUCAAGGGGAUGUGUACAGUUAUGGAAUGCUUUUGCUAGAGAUGUGCACUGGACUGAGACCCACUGAUAAUGUCACAUUUAAAGACGGUGGAGACCUUCGUAGUUUUGUAAAGAUGGCAUAUCCUGAACAUGUAAUGGAUGUACUAGACUCGGCUUUACUGCUGAACGAGGAGAAUGGAAUAAAUAAAUUCCUUUGUCAGAGUGCAAUCACUGCAAGAGAGAAGGCACAGAAUUGCUUGCUGUCAAUCAUUAAAAUAGGUCUCUUGUGCACCGAGAAAUCACCACAGCAGCGAAUGAAGUUGGGAGACGUCAUCAAAAUAAUGCAUGCCGCCAGGGAGACACUUCUAGGAGAUCUACCGUAUGAGAAUUCAAAGAUAUCUCAAUUGAACAACUACAAUGUAUCUUCUUGAGAAAUAUUAUGAUCAGUUAUAGGAUAGUGUUGCACAUAUUGGUGUCAUAUAUAGAUAUACUAAUAUAUACUGCAAAGUAAUGAACUGCAAACAGUCAUUGUGAGGAAAAACACAUAGUUACAGGUCUCUAGAGAUAAAGACAAGCCAAGAGUAUAUUGUGGUGUGUACCAGGA